CAGAAAGAUUUUAGUUAUCCAUAUCAAAGAACACUAAGAGUAUAUAAAGAAAAAAUGCUUGACAAACUUAUCGGAGGGUAUGGGUACGGCCACCACGGGUACGGCCACAAGAAUCACAGAAGCAGCGGCUACACCUUCGAGGAGCACAAGGAGUUCAUGUCUUAUGAAGAGUCACAAGGAGGCUACUUUGACCGUCAAUCCCGCUACGAUCACCACAUGAGGCUUCCGGCCAACCACAACCGUCCACCCAUGGCUCACAUGCCUGUCUUUGACGAAGAAGAUUCAGACUCAGAAGGGGAGGAGUUCUAUAAGAGCAGUCAGAGCCACCACAAAACAGUGUUGCCACAUCACGGAAACAACCACCACCAACAGCCACCUCAUAUGAACUUCAUGCCCCCACCUCCGAUGGCUCAACCUCACCACAAUGGAAAGAUAGGUAAUGGAUGGCAGGGGAUGCAUGAAGAUGCAUACUAUGGAGGGCACGGGAUGCAGCAACACGGUGGGUAUGGGAUGAAGCAGCACGGUGCGCAAGAGAUGAAGCACCACGACAGGCUUAUGGCUCCUCAGGUUCCACCACAUCAUGUCUACAUGAACCCAAGCCAUGCUAGUGGCAGUGGGAGUGGGCAUGCAGUAAUGUUCAAGGCUUCGGAGAACUGGCGAGUCAGCACCAAUAGCAGCGGCCACCACAGGGCAAGAUGGGGGAAUAGGGGACUCUGACUGCACGCAACUACUCUGCCGGUUCAAAAAAAGAAGUAAUGAUUAUCUUAUACUAAAUAAUAAAAUUAUAAUUAAGAUGUGUGCGUGAUGAAUAUUAAUCAGUAUCGUACUAAAACCAAACAUGGGACUUUAACAAAAGAAAGUUCUUGUUUGACGAACUUAUGAUAACCAACGAGUGUUGUUGUUGCUGUGUAUGUUAAAUAAAAAUAAUGUAAGUAUUAUCAUUUAUUGUCUCGUGUC